GAGAUGCAAAAAAUAAGCCGUAAAGCUUUCGGUAAAGUGGUUCUUCUACCUGUUUUCGCUGAUUCGUUGCUUUCACUAUGACGUCCCCAAAUGAAUGAAACUUCACAAAUACCGAGGGUAGUUCAUUGAUCACAAUUUGGACGCUACACGUACCUACAAGUUUACUCAGUUAAGAAUUGAAGCGAAUCUGUUGCUAUAGCCUUUUUACUUGUUGUGCGUAACGGAGAUGAUUAUUAACACCCCACUGGUUUAUUUUAUUCUUAGGAAAUAAUUAAAUAUUUCGUAACAACGACUAAGAGAAAAUACAUAAAAUCAAAACUGUCCUGAAAGAAAAUUUGCGUCUGCUUCGCAGUAGACCGUCCAUAUUUUGCACAGCAAGUGAAUCGCGGCCUUAUCAACAUCACCGGUAAACAAAAAGCCGGUCUUUAACAACAACUUAAUUGCGUCAAAUACUCAGCGGUUUACAGCCCUCAGGGUGAAAAUAUUUUUAACAGUCAUAAACAUUCUUCUCAUCGAAGUUUCGAGGCGUUUGAUUACAAAAAAGUCUCGGAAGGAAACCAGCUCCGAUCGUCACAUUACGUACGUAAUUGGCUAAUUUAGGCGCUUGGUUUUCAUGAGCAACUAGAUUGAAACUUUUCUGCUGAGUCCGCUGCCAGUUUGCUGUUUAACAUGGUCACUUGUUUGAAAUUAUUAGCUGUGAGUCUUUGAUUCUGACUUGGACGAAAAGAUUGUGUUUAGAUUCAUUGAACCAAAAAUAUCCUCGCCACCUGAAGCCUCAAACAAGAAUGACAACGUUUACAUGGAUAAAGAUCUUUGCAGCACUGUUUCAACUGAUUUCGUCGGCAGCAGGUUCGUGUUCUGACACUCCCGUUGGUGUUCGCGAUGAACUGAAAGUGAUACCUAACGAUAGCAUGACUGCAGGCUCGGCGCUCACUGAUUUUCCAGCCGAAGAUGGCCGCCUGGCUGGAACUGGUGCCUGGUGUCCUCAAACAAAUGGUGAUGACAGUCUUUUAUAUCUACAAAUAAGCUUGGGUAAAAGCUACGUAAUAUGCGGCGUCGAAGUGCAAGGAAAGCCUAAUGCCUUAGAGUCUACAAACUUUACGCUGCAGUCUUCAACAAACGGAUCAGCCUUUACUGCCAUUGACUCAGGGAAGGUAAAUACCUUUCAUGCCUCGUCAGCUGGUGGUGAUGUCGCUACAUUCCAUAACCUGACAACAAACGUGACUGCGACACAUCUGCGGUUUAUACCAGUUUCCAACCUUACAUGCCUAAGGGUGGAGAUUUAUGCUGUUCCAGAGAAUGUUACCGUCACUUGCCAAACGUCCAACAUCUUGGUAGCAAUUCAAAAAUCAUUAUUUACUGAUUCUGACGCUUCUUUCGCCGCGACUGACCUGGCUCUCAAUGACAGAAAAUGCAAAGCUACGAAUGGUUCAACUACUUUCGACUUUGACAUUACCCUUGGGACAUGUAAUACUGAGCUCACUAUCUCAAAAGAUGAAGAAAGAUCAUUUUACCACAACAUGGUCUUUAAUACCGCAGAAAACGAAACCGAGUUUAACAUCAUUUGCUCAUACGUGCGAACGCCGACAACUGCUUCUAGCAGUGGUGCUCUGACGUUUACUAUGAACAUCUACAAGGAUGAAAAUCAUCAAAACCUUGUUAAAAAUGAGGUGAUCGAUUUGGGACAGAAAUUAUAUUUCAAAAUCGAAGUUCAAACCACAAGCAGUGACAUUGAAUUACAUCUUACCCAGUGCAAGGCUACAUCCACAGAUAACGUAAACGAUGCUAACAACUAUACAUUUAUUCAAAGCGGUUGCCAUGUUCAAAGCGAUCAGUUUGUGACGGAUUAUAAUUGCUCAGCAACUCCUAACAACUCUCAAACGUUUACCUUAUCCGCGUUCCGCUUUGCUGGUAGAAGUGCUGGUGACCGGGUUUAUUUCCACUGUAAUGCAUUGGCAUGCUUAAUAAGCAAUACUGCAUCCACUUGUGCUACGCAAUGUGGUGCUUGCACAAGCAAACGGAAGAGAAGGAACUUGGAAGAGCAAGAUCCAAAUGAGGUGCACUUAGUUCUCGGACCAUUUACUAUCGUUGAAGAAGGCGAUACCACCAAGCCUAAUAAAGCCGAUGAAAAUGAUGGAGUAGAAGAUUCAAACACAAUCCAAAAAGACAGCGAAAACUUUCCCACGACCAAGGUGGUCAUCGUGUGUGUGGGCGCCAUUGUUGUCUUAGCAAUAAUAGUAGGCUUGGUGGUAAUGAUGAGGUUCUCUAAAAGUGCUCGUGGGCCCGCUGUGAAAAAUGUCACCGCUGACCUAUCUCAGGUUAAUGCAGCCUUCGACGAU